AUGAGAGAGGGAGCAGUUCGAGAAGGAGACGGCUACCACGCAAUCGCACGAUAUCCAUUUCGAGCUGCUAUACCGCAGACAAGAUCCCUCUCACCUUUGCUACAGAGUAAAGCGAUGGUAGCACCCACCAUUACAGAUGUCUGGAACGGCAAUCGGUUCCCCGAUCUUUCUAUUAGACCUUCUUUGCACCAAAUACUUGAACAGCCUGAACAGUUUUUUCACAUUAGUCAGCAAUCGACAAAAAUGAGUAUCGACCAUAGUCGUCGCGUGCAUCUGUCUAAAGAAUUGAAACGGCGAGCGGACAUACUGCAUUAUCGCGAUUAUCUGUUGAGACCAUCUAAUCUACAGCAAGCUGGGAAGAAGGUAAUCGCACAGGAAGCUGUUGAUAUCGAAAAAGUCACCCUCACCAUGGAAAUCACAUACAGCGAUUACGAGGAAAUGUUCACGAAAAGAAUUCUCGGUGGUACGUCAGAAAGUUGUGCUAAUAUCAUGAUGGAAACAAACACAAUCAUACAAUUUCCCGAUCGUGAUGAGGCUAAUCCAGAUUUCAUGCACCAGGUGACUAUCACGGGACACCUCACUGACGUUGAAGAGGCACGAAUCCGCUUGAGGAGAUUUUGUCCUGUAGUUUUGAUGUUUGCGGUCUCUGAAAGAGCGCGAGAUGAUGUGCCUGCGAAUAGAUUAGGGCAGUGGAUAAAGGAGAAGAUCGAUGAUGGCUUGAUCAAUUUUCCAACGCUCAGUAUACAAGUGCUACCUCAUUCAUUAUCAUCAGCGUUCAAGGAUCCUGUUGUACGAGUUAGCGGUCGCGUUGGUGAUGAACGUCUUCUCUUACAAGCAUGUGAACGUCUACGAGAUCUUAUAUUUGUUCCAGAAGUUGCGGAAAAGGUAUCUUUUUCGACCCACAUGGAAGUGCCAGCCGCACAGCGUUCACAGCUUGUAGGGACGCCAGAUGGAGCACAGCUGCUGGUAAUAUCGAGAGUGACAAAAGCGUUACUUCAUUUCCCUUCGCAUUCGGACGAAGCAUCCCAAACUUUAUUCUUUUACUUUACCGGACAGCCCGAGUCAAUACUUAGAGCACGUAGAUAUGUGCAGGGUUUACUGCCAAUGCAGCUUUGUUUUCACGCCGGAAGCGAAGAUCUUCGUGCUCGGAUUGAUCCUGAGAAUCGCCUUAUAAAAUUUUAUGAUGAAGUCCUUCGUGUUUCUGUACGUGUCGUUCCUUCUGAUCUCGAAUCACUUUCUUUGCUUCCAGGUGACCAGAUGAGGCAUUUCAUCUCACUGCGAAGCAGCGAGUACAAUGUUGGUGCAUUAUAUGCUGUCAUGCGGCGCGUCCUCAAGCGUGGUGAUGACAUUCCCAUGGUGAAGCCCACCGAUUAUGCCGAGAUGUUGCCUUUGAUUCCUGACCUUAUCAAGCAUGCUUGCGAAGUAAAUGUAAAGUGUCGGCUGGAACCGAGUAUAUUCGACGUAACUUCUUUAUCGCCUCUGUUAGCACCGACUAUCUUACUGCAUCCUGCAAAUUCUUCGCUGUCUUUGUCAACAGAAGCAGCCGAUCAGUCGCUAGAUGGGGACUUCCUCGCUUCAUCGGAGAACGCCAUGCUGUCACAGUGCAGAGAGCCUUUCGCACCAUUUAGUCGCUCGUGUUUGGAUAAUUCUUUCGACACAACCUCUUCUGCGCAUUCAUCUAGGAAUGAGAAUGAAGUGGUUACACGUGGCGGUGCCGCAGCAGUGAGCAGAAGUCGGCAUUCCUCUCCGAAACAUUAUUUUUCAAACAAGCAUUUUGGCCGCCAUAGUGGUUCGGAGAAAGAAAGCUUUUCUCGUGAAAAAGGCUCUUAUAUCACUUAUAGUCGUAGGAAUUAUCAUGGUGAAGGAAGGGGAGCCUCGUUUCGUGGGUCUCGCUUUGCGGCACCAAAUCCCUCUCAUCCUUCCAUGAAGCACCAUCUUGCUUUGCGUAGUCGUGAUGGAGAAGCUAGCAGAGGCGACGACAAUCGCUAUCAGCGCUCGGAGUUGGAGUUAGAUGACUUUGGCCAUCGAAAAGAACUACAGCUUCAUCAUGUUGCCGAGCGCCUCGGUCAUAGCGCUUCUGACCGCCGCACCGCUUCCGAUUGGCGUGGAAGUCAGCAACUCAAGUCUUCACCUGGCUACAGUAUCUCAUCUAAAACAGUCCUUGCACGGAAUCAAGAUAUGCCGAACAGGCGUCAAAUGGCUUCCAAGAUUGAACUGCAGCAUCGGAUCAAAGAGGAGGCUGUUGAUGAUGAUAAGGAAAAUACUCAUCACACUUCUAGCAGAAGAAUGGAUGUCAUGGACCUGAUCAAAUUGGCUUCGGCCGAAGAUUUUGGACGGAAGAAGUCAAUAAUUGAAGAGAGCAGUUGCUUGCUGGACUGUGGUGACACGUCGGGCGCAGAUACCGUUGCAGUGCGUGCUGUGCAGGAUGUGGAUGACCCAAAGAGCACAGUAGUUCCAGACAGUCAUCAUAGUGACGCUACCCAUACAAAAGCCUCGUCUACUCUUUCACUAAAGAGCUACAAUCAUCAUCCCAGCUCUCUUCCCGCCGCAGAUUCGCGGAUUAUUACUCAGCCGCCAUGUUAGAGUCUUUCAUACAUACAAACUUCAACUGUAGCAAAUGCUGUGUGUCGAAUGAAAACUAGGAAUUCUACUAGUGUACCUUCACCCAAAAUCACUCUUGUACCUCAGGCGUAUUUGUGAACUUCGUACAAUGCUGGCUCUUUUAUCGGGUAAUCGUAUUGUGAUGUCUCAGCUUUUCGCUUAGUUCCUCAUGCAUUUCACUUCUUCUUCGCAAUGAUACUUUCCUAGAUACUAUUACUAGAACUCUUGCUUGUAUAUAUGUUAAUUUCUGGACAGUUCUUUCCAUGAGUUAUUUUAUAGGUAUACGAGUGUUUGUUUUAUACGAAAAUAUUGAAAAAAAAAACCAAAAACUCUUGCUUGCAGACAGUGCUCAAUUUUGUAUCGAAGAAAUAAUAGCCUAGUUAGGAUCUUGGUAUAUAACGUAAUUCUGUUUUAUGUGUCUUAUAGAAAAAAUGAUUCUACACUUUUAUACUAAGUCUGGCGUUGUAAUAUCUCUAUAUCCGUUUUCAUGUGAUUACUAUAAUCUGCUGGUCAUUAAUCGUACCCUGGAUUUGUAUCUCAUCUGAAUAAUAAAACAGAUAUAA